AUGGAUCCGAUAUCGAGAUUCACUCCGGCGUUGUCGGCAGCUCAGAUGAUACCAGGAACAGGACCUAUUAUUCCGACUGGAAGAAGUUCGACUACUGUUACUCCACCAGCAGACACAAGUUCAGAUACUGCGACAGCUCCUAAAAAGAGAUCAGUGAUUUCCUUGGCUUGUAGUACUUGUCGUAAAAGAAAAACGAAAUGUGAUGGCAGGAAACCGGCUUGUAGCCAGUGUUUGAAUACAGGACGACCUAAUGAAUGUGUUUAUGAUGUCAACGCCGAUAGAAGGAGGUCGUGGCAUUCUCGUCAGAAUAAAGUGCUCAUGGAAAAGCUAUCAGCAGCUGAAGCCUUGAUAAAGAGGAUCAGAAAUGGUGGUAAGGACUGUGAAGACGCUAUUCGCGAGAUCCAGUCUGGAUCGGCUGCUGGUCUUACUAAUGGCAUUAGUAUUGAUGUUUCUGUGAAAACUGAAAGUAUAUCAGGAGCCGAUACUACAUAUGGCAAAGCAUCAAGUAUUGCAAAUACUAGCGAGUCUAAUGACGGUCCCGACAAUAAUUGGAAAGAAGACAACGACCUAACGCUAGAUGAGGAGGGACAGGUUCAUUUCUUUGGAGGAACAUCUAAUCUGCCAGAAAUCAAACAGUCUCUAACAGUUUCGGGACGAACGCAUUAUAAAAAGUCGGCUCUUCAGAGUUUAUUGAACGAAGAAGAGCCGAGGCAGUUUCAAGAUCAACGGCUCUUACAAUACAAAAAUGGACCAACUGAUAGCCAGAGUCAGGGAAUGUCUUUAUCGGCAACAUCACCUGUCAUGUCAACCUCACCUACUGCUCAGAGUGGCACUAAUUUAUCCAAUACCCCAUCAUCUACCUCGAGCGACAAUAACUACCAUUCAUUGCCACCUUUGUCUGGUCCUUUUUAUACUGCACACAAUGUAGAUAUUCCAACGCCGAUAGUACACCAUCUUUUGGACCUGUAUUUCUGCUGGCAGCAUUCCUAUUAUAAUAUUUUUAACGCCGAGCUCUUUUUGCGCGACUUACAAACUGGAGGGAAAUUCUACUCCAAGUUCCUUCUUAACGCGGUACUGGCUCAUGCUUCACAACUCAGCAAUGUGCAACUACUAAGAUCAGAUCCAUCAGAUCCCAGUACUGCUGGAUAUAUGUUUUUCAACGAAGCCAGGUCACAGAUUGAACAAGAGCUGCUCAAGCGGUCUGUCACCACGAUACAAGGGCUCUUAUUACUAGCCAGUCGCGAAGCAGGCAUAGGACGAGACACUGUAGGAUGGGUGUAUUCAGGUAUGGCAUUCCGAAUGGCAGUGGACUUGGGCCUGCAUCUGGAUUGCAAGAGUCUCUGUGAAUGUGGGUUCCUAACUCAUGACGAUUAUAUAGUACGGAACGCUACAUUCUGGGGCUGUUAUUUAUUUGACCAGGGAUGGAGUACGUACAUGGGUCGUCCCUCGGUUAUCCACUUGUCUGAUGUGACGGUCAGUCGGCCAGAAUUUAUAGUCAACGAGCAACCCACUGAAUGGCGACCAGUCUUCAACAGUCCCACAAACCUUCCGAUAGGUAGAAGAAUUGUUGGCUCGCCCGUACCGUUCUACCCUCAAAACACACUGACCAGUAUUUUACGGCUUUCUGAGGUGAUUGAAGAUAUACAAAAGAGUCUAUACUCGCCAAAACGCAGUCUCAAACGGGAUGGGUCAUUCAAGAUCGAAGAAAAAGUCAAGGAAAUAUUUCACAAACUUGCCAGCUGGGAAGAAAACCUUCCAAUUGAGAUGAAGCGGGGUCCAGGUUCUGAACAUCCAAGUGUAUUACUGGUAUACACAUUAUAUUACGCUACCAAAAUCUUCCUGUUCCGACCAUUUGUGCAAGUAAAAGAGUCUCAAUCUGCACCUGGCCCGAACCAUGGAGCAGCUCUUGAGCAGUGUCUCGACGCUGCUGCCAAUAUAGUAGCACGACUCAAACAGUUUAAAGCUCGAUACACACUACGACUGGCGACCAACAUGUCAGUAUACAUCAGCUUCACGGCGGCCACGAUAUCGCUGUCCAAACCGGGCGACGAUGCGCUGGCGAUACAGCUCAACGAGUGUCUCGAAUUCCUCAAAGAAAUCGGCGAAUCCUGGACCUCUGCCAAUACUGUAGGCGAGGGAAUCAAAGCCCGUCUCACAGCAACCUCACAACAGGCCGGCCACCAGACCGACGCCACGGACCAACUGCUGUUCCCCACCUUCGCCAUCGGCACGCCCAACUUCCUCGAGGCCGUCGACCUCCUCAACUACGACAACGUUCCCGAAUUCGAGUUCCUCAUGAGCAAUAAUGUAUAA